UUUGUCAAAUAAAUCAAGCCGUCAGUCAAUGGCUCUUCCAACAUCCAAUGAAAUUAUGCGAACGCCCAAGCCAGUCAAGAAAAUAUCUGACAGUCCUUGUCUUCGGGUUCGAAGCCGCAACCUGGAACCUCCUCUAAGAUCCAAAUACGAAGUAUGUAAUAACCAGUUUAGUACACCCAUGGUAGUUUCGACAAAUUGCGGGAAUUUCGGGACUCUGGAGAGAAAAGACUGGAAUAGAAAUGCCGAUGCUCGCGAAAUCAUCAAAAAUAGCGGAGUUGUCAGUUCAUUCAAAACACCGCUAGUCUCAAAGCGAAUGUUUCCAACCAGUACAAUCAGUACAACUACAAGUACAUGUUCGAAUCUUCUUUUGGCUCCAACUUCGAGACUCGUUACAACUCUUCCCGCGUGUUCAUCAAUUUCGCACCCCUCCCCCAAAACGAGCCCGUUCCCAUCCAUCGGCAAAUUUUCCAACUGGUACUUGCCUAGAUAUUCGCGACGAUCGGGAAACGGAUUGAACAACCUUACCGACCUUCUCAGUUUGAAAUACUCUUCAAGCGUGCAUAAAUUAAACAGAGAUGUGAAUAAUUUGAUGAGGUUUUUGAGAGGCGAAAGCGUGGAACUGAUUUUCGAAGAGAGUUUCAAGAGGAAUCUUUAUUUGUACGUGGGUGCUGAUUUGAUGAAGCUGGAUAAUCCACACGAGGAAAUCAGCUACGCUGACACAGGUGGUCCCGAAGAGUCCUUCCGUAAGCAGUACCUGUCAGUGCUCUCGCGACAACUGUCCAAAUUAGGAAAACAGGACUCCACCCGACCUCACGCUAUUCAGGGAAGAGGAGAAGUAUGGGGAAACAGAUACCGCAAUGUGGUGAUGUGCCGGAGUGUGGACGAGGAACUGGGCAUGCGUAUUCAGAAGAGUGGUCCAGUGGUUGUGACUGAAGUAAAAGCAGAAGGUGGUCAGACAGCCGCUUACAGGGCAGGCAUACACCAUAAUUAUCCUUCGGAACAACUGGAUGUACAUAUCGACCACGCCAAUAGAGAAUGCUGUGGAGUAAUCAACGCAUGGUCGGAGUCCGGACAGAGCGAUAACGAUGAUUACUCUGUAUUAAACGUGACAACUAUCUAUGACGACCACGGAAAGGAACUGAAGAAACUACUAAACAUCGGCUUAGGAAAUGAAAACCAAGUAAUUCUCAAUAUACAGGUGGAUUCAGCAAGCCCUGUAAGCUUCCUUAAACAGAAUGUGUUACACGAGUUGAAGUUACGAGACCCUAAUGUGAAAAUUUAUCCAGUGGAUAAAGCGACUAAAGAACUCUAUUGCGGAUUUACGAACAAUGCAAUAAAUAUCACUGGAGAUGUAAUCGUCCCAAUUUUCUCAAAUGGAUGGUCUCACAAGGAAUGCCACUUCUUCUUAACUCAAGGUCAUGAAAGAAACAUCUUGGGAAACAACAAUUUACCAAAAGUCGGAAUCGAAGUUUCACAAAAACAAUUCACAUCACUCACCAACAAGAGAACUUCCGCAAUGUUGACCGAUGCCAGUAAAGAGUCUCAUAAACAAUCCGAUGUUAUCAUCGGAACAGCGGAAUUGGCGAAUAUCAGUGGCGAGUCUAGUGUCCCAAUGGCGAUCGACGAAUUGGACAUCGCCGACAAAAUGUCUGCUAUCAGCAUGACAGAGGAGGAUCAGAGAUACCGCAAUGUGGUGAUGUGCCGGAGUGUGGACGAGGAACUGGGCAUGCGUAUUCAGAAGAAUGGUCCAGUGGUUGUGACUGAAGUAAAAGCAGAAGGUGGUCAGACAGCCGCUUACAGGGCAGGCAUACAUGUGGGCGACAUGAUAGCAGUGAUCAACGGGGAAGAUGUGUGGAAUGAGCCACAUGGCUAUGUUGCGCAAUUGUUACGUAAUGAUGGCCAAGUGAGCAUGAUUAUUGCGUCACCUGUGUCUUCGUGUCUCAACAAUGACUGCAAACAGAUGAUCAUGGACUCUGGAUAUCUUUUCAAACAUGACUCAUCUCUAGGAUGGCUCAGAUGGUUUUUUGUGCUGAAGCAGGAUGGAAUUCUAUACGCAUACAGAACUGCCUCGGAGCUGAUACCUUCAUUUGUAAUCCUAGUUACAAACUGCAUUGUAGAGCGAAGUCCCGACACGAGCAAACCGUUCAGUUUCCAAAUCAUAAACACAGAGCAGAACCCUCUAUCUGUUCACACCUUUCACUCUUCAGUCGAUGAAGAUUUCAGGCGGUGGAUGAGGUCAUUGACCUCCAGUUCGAAACGGGAGUCGGAAAGUAUAUGGUGUGGAGUUUUCCGAUUCGAGUUCAGCUGCUCGGUGGGUCAAAUUAUGAACCCAGAAUGCAGUGGUUUUAUAACUAUAUCAUCGUCAAUUGUGGAACAAAACUAUCCUCAACCCUCGUCUAAUUACCAUCAAAAUUGUCCCAAUAAUGUUUCCCGAAAGUGUUAUUGCACUCUCAAAGAUGCAGUUCUUUAUUGCUACGAGAGUCUAGAUUCGCUUCAAAGUGACGGAGCUAUGCUAUUGCAUGGGUAUACUAUUAGCAACGAAGCCGACGAUUUGACAGCUUUGUUGAUUCCAAUACCCGAAAUAGCCCAUCCGCCAUUAGCUCUGCAUUUUUCUUCCCCGAGCGAGAAACAUCGAUGGAGUUUCGCAAUUAGAAACUCAUUGCAGCUUUGGAUAAAUGGGCUAAUUCGAUAA